GAGCGGCUCCCCGGUCUUGGUUUCGCUCCCGUCGGCGAGUCUGUCGCACAACCUCGUCCUCCCUUCGGCUUCCCGCGCCCCGCCUUUUUUCAGACGGCUCUCUUCACACGAAUCAGAAGGCCACAGUGCUGCAGAAGAUGGUUCCAGGCAGGUGUGGAUGAAAUUUGAACUCUGCAUACUUUUUUCUAAUUUCAAGCUGGAAGUGGAUUCAUAAGUCAUUGAUAUUCCAACAGAAUUUGAAGGGACUGGCAUUUGCCCACCAUUUCAUCCUCUGCAUCAGCUCAUCACAUGAGCAGAGAGCUUUUUGUGCUCACCUACGGUGCUUUGGUAGCCCAGCUGUGUAAAGAUUGUGAAAAGGACGAAGAUGUGAACAAAUAUUUAGACAGCAUGGGGUACAGUAUUGGCAUACGGCUGGUUGAAGACUUUUUGGCUCGUUCUGCUGUUAGGAAGUGCCGGAGUUAUUCAGAAACUGCAGACAUAAUUGGCCAGGUGGCUUUUAAGAUGUAUCUGGGCGUCACUGCUACUGUGACUUGCAGUAACUCAAUGGGGAAUGAGUUCUCCCUCGUUCUGGACAAGAAUCCCUUGGUGGACUUCGUGGAGGAGCUGCCAGCAGGGCGAUCUUCACUGUGCUACUGCAGUCUUCUGUGUGGCACCAUCAGAGGCGCUCUAGAAAUGCUGCACCUAGCUGCUGAAGUUACAUUCAUUCAAGAUGCUUUGAAGGGAGAUGAUGUCACAGAAAUCGGAAUUACAUUCUUACGGAAGAUUGAAACCAAGAAACACAAAAGAAAUAAGUGUAACCAGGAUCUGAAGUAGCUACAUGUGGAUAGCUAAUCUUUUCACCCUUGUACCUGCCUAGAGAAACGAUCCUCCCAGUCCAGGAAAGGUAACCCACACCGAACCAGGCUGUGGAGAGUUCUCCUUCUGCAUCACACGCUGUGCGCCCGAGUUUGUUAUGAGGAGUGAGGACUCUGCAUCCAUGUCCCACAAGGGCAAUGGAUGGUGCUCCCUGCUAGGUCCGUAACAGUUGGGCCCAGUUAUCUAAGGGAAUUUCUGCUUCCUCCAGAAUAUCCCUGCAUGCUUAUGCCACAUGAUACGGUCUUCUGCUCUAGAUAUUUCAGCUAGAGCAGAAGAGGCAGGGCUUUAUUUGUAGUGUCACCCUCACUGUGGAACUCCCCGCUUAAGGAGCCUCUUUCUUAGUUUUUGAAGAAUACACAAGAUAUUUUGUAAGGUCUCUGAAGGGGUUGGCUAACCAUUAGUCCAUCUCUGUUGCUACUAGGAUUCCUGGUCCUCCAAUUGCUAUUUUAUUUAUUCAUUCUGUUAUGUGUUUGUGUAAUUAUAUCUCAGUUCACAUUUCAUGUGAGCCACUCUUGGAGAACUGCUAGGGUGGAAUACAAAUUAAAUAAUUAAUUCCCUCAGAACCACCUGUACACACUCAUUUAAUAAGAGGGAUGUCUCCUAGCAAGAGUCACAUGGGCAAUCCCAGCCAGUCUGGAAUGAUAUCACGAACAGGGUGAUGCCAUUAAAGACAAAGCUAGUAAAUUCCGAGUGAGGGCAAUUACUUUCUGAACUGGUGAGUACUUUUCUUAGCCAUCAUCACAACAUUGCUGAAAGGCGUUGGCAGUUUCAAUGCCACAUGCUCUCCUAAGAAGACUUGGUCCCACUUGGGAUAUAUGUUUUCUUUUGCAUACCAGGGUGGAAAGUGCUAUUAUCAGAGACUCAGCACCCUGCAUGCCUGCGCAGCUUAGCCCAACAUGCCACUCAUAUUUCAGUUAAACUAAACACACUGCAGUCGCUUGACGAUCACCCAGUGAUUUUCAUGGAAGCAAGCUGGGCAGCUUGGUCGUUGGAUCACUGCAGCAGCACCUACACAAUCCGGUAGCGGUGGACGCUGAGCUUUGCAUGUGUCCAUGGCAGUAGCAUUUUCACUAAAGCUUAAGAAAAGGAAAGGAGUAAGUACCCUAAGAGGAUGGGAAAGGAAUAUCUCUCUAGCUUAUAACAUUGGUGAGUAAUUUGCUAUGAGGCAGUUGAGAAAGACAUUGGUUUACACCUAUUAGGAGGAAAACGGUGGCAUAAGAUAAGGAUUUUCUAGGUAGGAAGAUCCUGUGUUGCAUGGGCUAAUUUAUCAUAAGCAAGGUAACAGCAACUCUUCUCAUCUGUUCAGGAUGCUGGAACUCCAGUGGGUUCUGGCUCAAGCAGCUUCUUCAUCGAUUCCAGAGGAGAUAUCCAAAUAAUGCAUGUGUUCCUUUGCAAUGUAUGGGGAAUCCUUGGGAGCACACAAGAGAGCCAUAUGCCCACCCGAGCAAACACAGCUUUGGGUGGGCCUAUUGCUCUACUCAGAGAGUCCAUGCCAAGCAUUCACAUGCCAGCAUGUUCUGCUUCAUCAGGACAAUGUCAUGCCUGGUGUAAGUAUGUGGAUCAGUCCAUGCACACUGACUCAGUUCAGAUGUUGGGUUCCCGGUUGUGCACACCAAGUAGAGAAGUUGGAAAUGUGCUGGGGGCUUCCAUGCUGGCACUUCUCCUGUCAUGCUCACAGCCUCCUGCUGUUCUUGGCUUAUGUACUCCUAAUUAUUGCUCACUGUGAUAUCUGCAUGGGGAAAACUAUGGCUAAUGUCAAAACCCUGAUUUGUAGACAGUGGUCAGCAUGGCUCGCCUCACGCAGAUGUCACAGCAAACUGGAAUCCAUGCACACGAGAGAGGGCGAGAAUGAUUAUAGGUCUGGGGCACAUUUGCAGCCCUCCAAACAAACCGUCUGAGCAGAAGCUCCAUGUGAAUGUC